AUGCCGCCACCUGCACCGCCGAGAGCGACGGUCGAAGAGAUCUCGGACGACGACGAUCCCUAUGCACCCUACCGACCCUCACAACCACGUUCACGCACGCCUUCGUCCAGCACCACGUCUUCGUCAUCAACUGCUUCCUCCUCUUCAUCUUCAUCGACCGGUCGAACAUCGACUUCGACGCACACUCGCUCUUCUCCCAGUGCAUCUUCCGCUCGCGUGCCAAGUGCGUCCGAAGCAUACUCGCAGUCGCCAUCCUCCGGAACCCAGGGCACGUUCCCUCGCGCGGGAGGGGAUGAAGAACCACUGUUCGGCGGUCGACCGUUCCGCGAUUCGCAUGCCUCUUCCUCUUCCUUUCCCGCUACUGACUCCACGAAUCGAAGCACGGACAAGACCUACCUGUACACAAUCCUAAACGUUCCCGUCGACGCCUCGGCCGAAACGAUCAAAGAAGCCUACCGGUCGCUAGCGGUAGUGCUGCACCCCGACAAACACAAAGAUGCCUCGCGCAAAGCCGCCGCCGAAUCCAGGUUUCGAGAGGUGCAACGUGCCUACGAGAUUCUCUCCGACCAAGAGAAGCGGACGAUCUACGACUAUUUUGGCGAAGAAGGGUUGAAGUCGACGUGGUCGGUGGCGGUGAGGGGUAGGAGUGCGAGGGAGAUGCAGGAGGAGAUGGAGAGGGAGAGGAGGAGGAAGGAGGUGGCGGAUGCCGAGGCGCUCGUGAAGAGCAAGGGUGAUUUUACGGCGCACAUCGAUGCUAGUGCGAUGUUUGCGCCGGCGAGCAGGAUCGCAAGGCAGGCAGCUUCGGGAGGUCCGAUGUCGGCGCAGCAAAGAGCAGCCGUAGGUGCGAACAAAGACGCAACACCAGGAAUGCCUGUACCGAAGACCUUCCCACGCCCGAUCACCUUCGCCGACAGGAUCGCCAGAGUAGGCUGUACCCAACUCAUCGGCAAACACGGCUUCGAAACCCAAGUCACCCCCACCACCUCCGCCACGUUCUCCGGCCAAAUGGUCUCCCGCAACGGCCUCGGCGGCGGCAACCUCGUCGGAACCGUCAAAACCCACUGGUCACCUCGCCUCUUCACCGAACUCACGCUCUCCUUCCUCCGCCCGCAGAUCAUCACCACCAAGGGGCAGUUCACCCUCGACGCCAGCUCGUUCUUCUCCUGGCAAUCCACCAUCCAGACGCUGCUGAUGCCUCCGACGCUCAACCUGACGUACGGCCAGAGGUUGUCGAGCAAGAGCAGUUUGACCGGGUUCACGAGUGUCAGGAGUGGAACGUGGAGUGUGGGGAGAUGGGGCGGUGCGGGGAUGAAGGAGGGGAUGAUGGUGAGGCGGGAGCCGGCGGCGGUGAGUGUAGGGUUGACGAAGCAGGUGGAUGAGGGGAGCGGGUGGACGGUUCAGACGAGUGUCUCUACGGGGGAUCAGAAUGUCUCGGUGGAUUAUGCGCUCAAAGUGUUGGGUGGGGUCAAGGUCAGGACAGGGUUCAACAUGGGUACGGGAUCAGGGGUGAGUGCGUUCAGUUCAGCGGAGCGACGGUUGACGGAGAACGUAAGGCUAUCCCUCGGUCUCACUUGCUCGUUACCGGUUGGAGGGGUGACAUUGAGGGUAAAAGUGAACAGGUUGGGACAGAAGAUCUUAGUCCCGAUCAUGUUGAGUCCCGAAUUCAGAUCGGAUCUGGUGGUGCUCUUCACCGCGGUCCCCGCAGCAGCGUACACCGCUUUGCACUGGGGCUAUCUGGAACCGAGGAAGCAGAAACGAUUGAAGAACAGGCUGGGCGAACUGCGAAAGGUGAAUCGGGAGGUGAUCGUGGAGAGGCGGCAGGCGGCGGUGGAGGCGAGAGAGGUGCUGAAGGACCAAGCAGUGAAGCGCGCGAGGCAGGAGUUUGAUCGAAACGGACUGGUGAUCCUGGACGCAUGGUACGGGCGGAAGGAGUCUUUCCCGGCAUCCAGGGAUGGACUUGCAUCAGAGGCAGAGAGCAUCUGGACCGAGGUCAAGAAUGAUUCUCCUUCUCCUGAUGAUAGUGCAGAUUUGGAGAAGGAAACUUGCUGGGACGUCAAGAUUCCGCUGCAGGCGUUGACCGCCAGAUCGCAACUCAUCAUCCCGGGUUCGAGGUCGAAGGCGAACCUGUUGGGAUUCCACGACCCGGUGCUAGGAGAGAAGAAGCAUCUGUUGGUGAGGUACAGCUUCAGAGGGUCGCUGCACGAGGUGCUGGUGGAGGACCUGAUGGAGCUGGCCUUGCCGAUGCGCAUCCAUCAGGUAAGUUGA